CGUCUGAACCGUCUCGUUAAUGAUGAACAUGAGGCUCGGGCUGAGGUGGGAGCGGACGGGCAGCUCGCUGCGCAGCUCUCAGGUCAGCUGGUCGCAGCUCACAGAUGGGGACGCGUUUGUUGAAUCACGCGUGUUGACAGCGGCACUAAACCACCAUGGUAGGCACAAUAUACGAGCAGAAGCUGUCUGACAUUGCCCAGGAAUGAAUGAACAGAUAUACACUUUGUAACUGGGACUAUCUGAGGAAGCUCUGGAAGUCUUUUAGGGGACACGCUGCUCCCUCUCGAUCGUUCAGCCGAAGACGCUUCCUUCCGCGUCUGGUUGAAUCCACGUUUUUCUCCAACAUUUUUCUUUUCCGGACGCUCGACUGUUUGAGACAUAAAUGAUGAAGUUUAAGCCCAACCAGACCAGGACGUACGACGGGGAAGGGUUCAAGAGAAGAGCUGCGUGUUUGUGUUUUAAAAACGACACAGAGGACGAGGUGCUGCUAGUGAGCAGCAGUCGUCAUCCAGACCAAUGGAUCGUGCCAGGAGGAGGAAUGGAGCCUGAGGAGGAGCCCUGUGGGGCCGCUGUCAGGGAGGUGUACGAGGAGGCUGGUGUGAAGGGAAAGCUUGGCAGAUUACUCGGGAUUUUUGAGCAAAAUAAAGACAGAAAGCACAGGACAUACGUCUACACCCUCAUAGUGACGGAGACACUGGACGACUGGGAGGACUCUGUCAACAUUGGUAUGCCCCUCUGUUUAAGUCUCACUGUCAUCAUAUAACUAAUUGUUUUGAUUGAAUAAUUUUGCAGGUAUUUACCCACAAACACAGCCACAAAAACAGCC